UAAUAUUAAAGGAGGUCGCAGAAGAGGGCUUGAGCCCGUAUUUUGCAAAGUCUGUUUUUGAUUGAAUCCAGGGUAACUCACCCCCCCCCCCCCCCCCCCCUUCUCUUGUGGCAAUUACGACUGUGUUCCAAGUAUUCAUCUGUAUCCAAUGAAGAUUUUUAGUUUCUGGAUGAUUAUUGAACUUGUUAUUUCUACUUUUUAAGUGUGAAUUAAUCAAGUUCUUCCUUUCAAUCCGGUUGAAAUUUUGUUUCUGGUGAGAUCUGUAUAUGCUAAUUAAUCUGCAGGUAGCUGAAUCGUGCUAGUCCUCACUGUAAUUUACCUGUUGUGUCACUACUGUUUGAUUCUUCAACAGUUUAACUAGGAUGAAUUUGCUGUUGAUCACGCCUCCAUUGUGUUUUGGUUUUAGCUACCUGGUAGCAAUUAGGCUUCGCGUGAUUAUUUGCAAUGCAUUAAAGAUUCAUAAACAACAAAAUCAAGCAACAAUUUCUGUGAUGGAUCAAGAAACAGUACUCCCACCUCAUGUGUUGAUAUUCCCGUUGCCAUUACAAGGCCCUGUGAACUCCACCAUCAAGCUAGCUGAGCUUCUAUGCCUCUCGGGUCUCCACAUCACCUUACUUCUCACUGAUCCUAUCCACACCAAACUCCUCAAAUACUCAAAUAUACAGUCCCGUUUUAGCAGCUACCCAGGUUUCCACCUAGAAACCAUACCUGAUGGCCUUCCAGAAGACCAUCCUCGUUCCAUUGAUCGCUUUAUCGAAGUGCUGGAAUCUUUAAAAACCAAAAGCAGUAUCCUCUUCAAGGAUCUGUUGACCUCAGGCAAACUAAGUUCAGAUUCACGCAGACCAGUAACUUGUAUAAUUGCAGAUGGAACUAUGGGGUAUACCUGUGAUGUAGCUAAUGAAAUAGGUAUACCCAUUAUGUAUAUUCGUACAAUCAGUGCUUGUUGCCUGUGGGUCUUCUUCUGUUUUCCCGACCUCAUUGAAUCCCGUGAACUACCAUUCUCAGGAAACGACCUAGAUACACCGAUAAAGAGCAUACCAGGCAUGGAAGAAUUCUUGAGACGCCGUGAUCUUCCACUGUUUUGUCGUUUUAACUUGUCAGAUCCAAAUGUCAAAACCUAUCUCUCUGAAGGUACAGAAAACCCAAGAGCUCAUGGACUUAUACUUAACACUUUUGAUGAUUUAGAGGGUCCAAUCGUUUCCCAAAUACGCACUUCCUGUCCAAAUUUAUACACCAUUGGUCCACUACACGCUCAUCUGAAGAUGAAGCUCGAAUCUUUCUCCUCGUCACUACCUUCUUCAAACAGUCUGUGGAAAGAAGACAUGAGCUGUAUUCCAUGGCUGGAUUCACAACCAUCAAAAUCCGUGCUGUAUGUUAGCUUUGGAAGUCUUGCUGUAAUGUCAAAGGAGAAAUACAUGGAGCUCUGGUAUGGGUUGGUGAAUAGUGGUUCCCGUUUCUUGUGGGUCAUACGGCGACAUUCAGUCCUGAGUGAUGUCAUUGAAAUCCCACCGGAACUUUCCAAAGGCACGGAGGAGAGAGGAUGCAUUGUUGAGUGGGCUCCGCAGGAGAAGGUGAAUAGUAGAUUUGUAGGGGAAGUGUGGAAGUUGGGUUUGGACAUGAAGGAUACGUGUGAUAGAGUGAUUGUGGAGAAGAUGGUGAGGGAAUUGAUGGAGGAGAGGAAGGAUGAGUUUAGGAAAUCAGCGGAUAAGAUGGCGAAACUUGCAAAACAAUGUUUGAUGGAAGGUGGAUCGUCUUAUUGUAAUUUAGAACGUUUAAUUAAGGACAUUAAAGCAAUGUAA